UACUUGUCGCCAUCAAAUUAAGUUUUGCUAUCUGACGAUGCUGCGCUGCUCUCGAUCUCUAUCUCGCGCCUUCCACGCGUCUGCUGGCCGCCAGGCUAUCCAGACGGUCAACGUGCCGUCCAUGGGCGACUCUAUCAGCGAGGGAACGCUCGUGGAGAUCGUCAAGAAGGCUGGAGACGCCGUGCAUGCCGACGAAGUGGUGCUUGUGCUCGAGACUGACAAGGUGAGCGUGGAUGUGACGAGCCCCGUGGCUGGUACCGUCGUGGAAGUGCUGGCCCAGCUAGAAGACAACGUGGAAGUGGGCAAGCCGCUGUUCACGCUGGACGACGCGCUGGCCCCCAGCAGUUCCAGUUCAUCUGCACAGACCUCCACUUCCACGUCAUCGGAGCCUGAACCCGCUGCUGCCGUUGCUGCUUCUUCUGCGACUCCGUCUGGACAUCGCGUGCCGCUCAUCAAGUUCCUGGGCAAGCGUUCGCUACUGCCGCCGAAACCAUCGCCACUCUCGAAGCCACUGGGUCUCAACCUGCCGCCGUCACCAUUGCGCUCGGUGCCCGUACAGCCGUCCAGUGCUGAUGUUCUGCCUUUCAGUGAUGCCAAGCGCUUGCCGCUGUCACCCGCUGAGGUGGAAUCGAUCAACUCAGGUCUCGCGUUCCUGUAAGCUUGCAACCAUGCAACUAGAUGCUGUUAACAGCUCUGGAAGUUUGCUGAUGUCGAUUUCAACAAGAGACAGAAGGCGAGCCGAUUCAAGAUCAAAAUACACAAAAAUCUUACGCAUGCAUAGAUAUGGUGGUUCUUUCAAGCUGCCAUCGUCACACAGAGACAACUGCGGCAGCAGCAAAGAGUUCGUGUUGUGGACACACGCCGCCGCCGAUAGCCCAUUCGUUGCAUUCCGGUACAGUGCACUUCUUCCCGCCUCCGUGAGCUUUGCAGUAGCCUCCGCCACGGUUCGUCUUGACGCAUCCCUCAGUCUUGCAGCGACCUCCACCGCCAUGACGAAUACAGUGGCCUCCGCUGUUUGCUUUGCGCGUACAAUCCGGAAAGUUGCAAGGCUUCGUGCCUCCGUGAGCCUUGCACAGUCCUCGAGCCUGUCCGAGACGCUCGCAGCCCUCCACGGUACACCGAGGCUUCCCACCGUGUGCACAGCAUCGUCCAAAGCGGAUCUACAGUAACGAGUGGAUUAUUAGUUAGCAAACACCUCUGCAGGACAACAUAGUGUAUACUCGUACCUGUUUCUUGGUGCAGUCCGGGAAGGUGCAUGUGAAGCCGCCACCAUGUGCAAGGCAGUAUCCGCCUCCUUGGUCGUGUUUGUCGCACCC